CCCAUUCUAUCUUCUCUGUAUUUUCGUUGAAGAAACAAACCAGGUUGACUACUUGUUUCUUUCUUGUAAGUUUUGGUGAGUUCAAGUUUGAAUCAGCUUCUUAUUUAUAAAUGAAGCUUCCUAUGAAAUAAUCACAUAGCCAUCAUUAUUGUUACUACACAAAAGUGUGGACUUGACUUGAUGAUAUCUCAUAUAUAGAGUCUAGUUGGAAGCUGAUCACAUCACACUUCACAAUAUAUACAUCUACCACUCACCCUCCAACCAUUUAUUUGUUGACUAACCUUCUACUUUGAAGCUAAGAGUUGAAGCUAAGAGACAUUCAUUUAUUCAAAAUUCAUUGAUACAUCCUUUAUGCAUGCUGCAACAUGUCAGCAGCAAAUCUUCGAUAUGCCAUGUUUUUUGUUGGUAAGGCGGUAAAGAUGGUGUUAGAGGACGAUGAAGGAAAGAAAUAUCUAUCUGAUUGGUUCGGCAAAGUCUUUGAAGAAGUCGAAACAGAAAAGAAUAGGCUGAUUUCAAAUCGAGAUCUUGUGCGCGUAAAAGUUGAAGCAACUGAUCACAAAACUGAAAAGGUCAACGAUGCUGUGUUUGAGUGGCUAAAAGAAACAGAUAUACUCAUGCAAGAGGUUGAAAAUCUGACACUACAAUCAAGAAAACGACAAUGGAAUGAAUUUAGGAAAUUGCUGAGAAAAAUAACUGCGUUGAAUGUAAAAUGCGAAUUUGAUCCAUUUUCAACUCCAAUUCCAAGUUUAGAGCACUUCUCUUCAGGAAAUAUUUUGUGUUUUAAGUCUAGAGAUAAGACUUCAGAUCAAAUUUUAGAGGCACUGCGAGAUGAUAAUUGCUCUAUGAUUGGAUUGUAUGGUAGCAAGGGCUCUGGUAAGACAGCGUUGGCAAAAGCAAUGGGUGAGAAAGUUAAGCAUCUAAAGAUUUUUCAUGAGGUUUUAUUUGCCACGGUGACGCAAAACCUGAAUAUCAGAACUAUGCAAGAAGAAAUUGCUGACUUGUUAGACAUGACAUUCGAUAAAAAAAGUGAAACUGUAAGAGCAAGAAGAAUAUUCUCAAGAAUAGAAAGUAUGAGUCGUCCAAUUCUAGUGAUUUUCGAUGAUGUUCGGGUAAAAUUUGAUCCAGAAGAUGUAGGCAUUCCUUGUAAUAGUAAUCGAUGCAAGAUCCUUUUGACCGCACUUGCCCAACAAGAUUGUGAAUUGAUGCACUCCAAAAGGAAUAUUCAACUUGGUCCCUUAUCUAUAGAGGAAUCUUGGACUUUGUUCCAAAAACAUUCUGGUAUUCAUGAUGAAGGGCACUCGUCUUCAUUUGACUUAUUGAAUGUGGCACGUGAAGUUUCCUUUGAAUGCGAAGGGUUACCGAGAACAAUUAAAGAUGUGGGAUCUUCCUUAAGAGGUAAACCAAUUGAGGAAUGGAAAGCAUCACUAGAUAGUCUGAGACAUUCAAUGGCCAAAUGGCAAAUUUUCUUAAGUUUUAGAGGAGAAGAUACACGCUACUCUUUUACAGGUAAUCUGUAUAAAGCUUUAUGUCAAGGGGGAUUCAAGACCUUCAUGGAUGAUGGAGGACUGCACACUGGAGACAAAAUUUCACCCACUCUUCUAAAUGCAAUUGAAGAAUCAAGGCUGUCGAUUAUCAUUUUGUCUGAAAACUAUGCGAAUUCCUCAUGGUGUCUUGAAGAACUUGUCAAAAUUAUGGAGUGUAUGAAAUUGAAGAAUCAAUUAGUUUGGCCAAUCUUUUACAAAGUGAAACCGUCAGACAUAAGGCAUUUGAGAAAUUGUUAUGGCGAAGACAUGGCUCAACAUGAAAAUAAUUUUGGAAUUGACUCAGAGAGAGUACAGAAAUGGAAGUCAGCUUUGUUUGAAGUGUCGAAUUUGUCCGGAAAGGCUUAUACAACCGGGUACGAACAUGAAUUUAUUCAAAAGAUUUUGGAAGAUGCCAAUCGUAAAAAAAGUCGUUUGCAAAUACGAAGCACAUAGAUAUGGAUUAGAAAGAUGCGAAUCAUAUUAAAAGUUGUUUUGCAUGGCAAAGGUUUUUGGAACGAUCUAAAUCGUCAACCUUUCUCUAUUAUGAGUGGAGUGUGGAUCAUACUAAAUGUCCAUGUUAUUAUAGCAAACACCUCCUCUAUUUAGGCUUAGAGCUGUGGAUAUAUAGUAGUACUAGUAGUUGAAAAUUUCUUGAAAUGUGAAAAAUACAAACAAUAAUUACCUGUAUCUAAUUUGUGGAGCAAGUUGCAUUCUUCACUGUGAAUUUAUUUGUCUAUUGGCUGUUACAGUUUCACUA